AUGAAAGCAGGCGGUAGAGAUGUUGGAGUCAGUGACUUGUCGAAUCUUGGUGGUGGAGGAAGAACUUUAGACAAUGAUUAUGAAGACGAGUAUUCUGAAGAUGAGGACUUUUUUGCGGAAGAAGGAGGUCCACCAAACAUGGCUCGUCGUGUUUCGUUUGGAGAAGGAAACCUCAUGGGUCUGGGUAUCGAAGGCCACGAUCACGAUCUCGAAGAAGACUCUGCAGAAACGAAGAAACACAGAAUACGAACUACCCUUCUCCAGCUGGAGAAAGCCAAACAGAAGCCCGUCGCGUUCUCUGUCCGCGCAAAACUUGGCUUUAUCGGCGAAAGAUACACAGACAACGACGCUCCCUUGCCAGCUGGGACAAAAGACCUCUGCGGAAAUUUACGCGACUAUUUGGUGACCUUCGAGAACAAGGACUACCUGCACAUCAUCGAAAAGUUCAACAACGACUGGUGGAUCGGCCGCCAUCGGAACUCGGGUGGCGGAAUCUCCUCCCACCACGGCUCUGAUAUUGAUCUCAACUCUCACGCUGCCCAAGAAGAAUAUUCAAGACCCGCCCAAAUGGAAUCCUACGAUUACGACAUGGAUCCGAAAGACACUGGUCCACUCAAUCUCGGCAAAAAGUCUCAAAGACUGGGAAAGAAAGAACAGCCGUAUGUUGUCGUGCCAAAUAUGCGACCUGUGGUGUUUGUCGGCCCUAGUUUGAAGGGAUAUGAAGUUACUGAUAUGAUGCAGAAGGCGCUGUUCGACUAUUUGAAGAAGAAAUUUGAGGGAAGAUGCAACAUAGUUCGAAUUUCGUCGGAUCUUUCCCAGGCCCGGCGUAACAUGCCACGCACGGAAGAAAACCGGCCGAUCUGCGAGGAUUACGAUCGAAUUUAUGAAUUGGGCAAGAAUCUACAGCUGGUGAUUUUGGACUGCGACAUGAUAAACAAUCCGAGCCAGUUGGAGAAAACCGGCUUGAUGCCUAUAAAUGUCUUUAUAAAGAUCAACGACCCUGAAGUUCUAAAAAGGCUGAUCAGAUGGCGAGGGCGACAACAGAUGCGGCAUAUGAGCGUACAAUGGAUGGCAGCGGAAAAACUGUGCCAGUGCGAUCCGAAUGUCUUCGAUGUAAUUCUCGACGAGAAUGUGUUCGAAGAAGCGUGCGAGCAUCUGACCGAGUAUCUCGAGGCUUACUGGAAUGCCACUCAUCCUGUUCUUCCUGAGGCGACUCAUCCCAAGGAACUUCUCAACGGCGGCGAAAUCACUUCUAAUCUGCCGAAUGUUCUGACUAAGCUCAUCCCUCGUAACCUCCGGGAAAAAGUUGACCCUCGAAAGUAUUCUAUAUUUUCCGUGGCCUCAGACGAAGAACGAGUCUGA